AUUGAUUAGGUACAGAAUAAUUGGGGCACAGCUGUUGCAGUGUGUCGUUGGCGUCAUAGUAUUGAACGUGGAAGCUGGUGGGUACAGCCGUUAAUGCAGCGACUGCGGUGACGGAACAUGUGAUGGGAUCACGCAUAUAACGAGGACUUCCUGUGCUGAAAGCUGCAUUGGUCGUACAAAACAGGAGGGACAAAGAAGGAUAUAAUUCGUAAUAGCCACUGGUUGCACUAGGAUCGAAAUCAGAAAUUCCUGCCUAGUUCGGCAUGAGUGUAAACUGGACUUUUACGGUUAAUUUACUCCCUUGCCUUGGGAAGCUGCACAAACUCAUAAAGCCCACCUGGUCAUAGCCAAGGUGGUGAAGCGUCAGCUCAUCAGGUCAAACGCUUGGGUUCGAUUCCCCUUCCUGUGUACAAUGUCUUCAACCUAUUUCCUUUGUACCCCUCUGGUUAGGGGCCCUCCAUCGCCUCGUUCCCAUGAAAUGAUGACGUGUGUUUAUUUUCUAGACUUUCUGUGCUGAAAGCUGCAAUGGUCGUACACAAAAGGAUCAAAUAUGUCCUUGUUGCAUUGACAGUAACCUCAGUAGCACUCAGUGCAGGAUUAUACGCGUUGCUAGGAAACGUAAAGAAACAAAUAAAUGUGACCGUGCUUAUUGAAGGGAAAGCAGAACGAAGAACGCUGAUCAGACAUGUGAGUUUGCCUGAAUCAAAGUUCUCAAAAUCAUCGCUUGUCAAAUCAAGCCAAAUGACUCGUUUAAAUGUGACAUUUGAUGAGAAACCGCCCUGCGAAGCUCUAAUAGAAGGAGAUGGGGAACGGAUAAGGAGAGCUUUUAGUUAUGCCAAACGCCAUCCCUAUACACGGAACACUCAUUGCUUAAAUAUGGCGAGGGACUGCGAAACAUUUUUAAAGGAGUGUCCAUAUAUCCUAAACGCAAGCGCCGAAGAGACUGGGUUCCCUCUUGCGUUUAGUAUAGUGAUGUACAAGGAUGUGGAGCAGGUGGAGAGGCUUCUGAGAACCAUUUAUAGACCAACGAACUUCUAUUGUAUUCAUGUCGACAAAAAUGCAUCUGAGUUGGUCAAAAAUGAUAUAAAACACAUUGUGAACUGUUUGCCAAAUGUGUUCACUCCUACAAAGGUGUUCGGUGUUGUGUGGGGGGAGUUUUCAGUCCUUGGGGCCGAUCUGUCGUGUAUGGAAGACCUGCUGGGACAUCCAGGGUGGCGAUACUUUAUCAAUCUGACCGGGCAGGAAUAUCCUCUCAAGACCAAUCUCGAAAUUGUCAGGAUUUUGAAGAUAAUGAAAGGAGCUAACAUCGUUGAUGCAAAUAGUCAGUCGCGAUGGAGAUGGCGUCGUUGGGACAUGGCGGGUCCUCCGCCCCACAACAUCUCGCUCUACAAAGGCAACGUCCAUGUUGCUGUAAACAGGGACUUCGUCGACUACGCCAUCAACAACCCCAUUGCAAAGGACUUUACAAGAUGGCUAACACACACUAAAGUUCCCGAUGAAACGUUUUUCGCCACUUUGAAUCACAAUCCGCAACUCCACAUCCCCGGAUCAUCAACAGGUCCGGUGGACACGGAUUAUGACAAGAAACCCUAUAUAGCUCGCUUCAAAAAUUGGGGACCUCAAUGGGGAGAGAAGUCUUUUGAUUGGCCCUGCGGCGGUGUACGCAACCAUAACGUUUGCGUGUUUGGUAUGAGUGAUCUCCCCUUGUUGACGUCGAGGAGGGAAUUAUUUGCCAACAAGUUUUAUGUCGACUAUCAGCCACAGACAUUCGACUGCAUGGAGGAAUGGUUGAGAAACAGGACUGCCCUAGAAUAUAAAGGAAUGUUUGAGUUCAAUUACACAUUUUACCGAACUAUGCCUCAUCUUAACUUUGUAUAUAGGCCUGAUACGUGAAAAAAAAUCCAAACAAG